AUGGCUGUGGCAAUACGUUAUGAAGCCGAGGUGCUGCUUCGAUUGAGAGAGUCCCCGCUUUGCAUCAAGCCCAAGGACCUUCCACCACGGGAGGAAUGGAUGGGCCCCCCUCCAGAACCGACUCGUCCCCAGAACAAGACCACCAACGAUCGAGGAGCACCCCUCGAACAAGGCACUCGUAGGCCUACUGCUGAACGGCAUGUGUCACGCAAUGGAGCAAGCUCCGAUGGCAUAAUCCUCGGGCCUCCCAGGAUGAGCUUCUCCUCCUCCACGUUGCGAGGGAAUAACGGGGAUAGCGACCGCAGCGAGAGGGCCCCGCGCGACCCUGAAGCCCGCGACCGCUUUCUCCGGAGCAAGAUUGGCGGCGACGAUGUCAGCGACCGCUUCCGUGACGCAAGGCAAAACGACCCACGGCGACGUGGCGAUGGCGACCGUGACGGUGAGGGAUGGAGUACAGUCAAACCACGCAAGAGCUUUGGCCAGGAGGGUGCUGAGCGCUUCACUGGCCGCAUGGGCGGUGAGCGACAAAAGGACGACCGUCGGGCCAAGGAGCGUGACGAGCAUGACAGUCUCAGGGAUCGACCACGUCGCAACAUGGACACGGAUGGUGAUGAGGGAGACGCACCGCGUAGGAACGGGUUGAACCGGGGCAGGUCAGAACCUUGGUUUAAAGACAACAACAAGACUAAUGAGGGUAUCGAACGAUCAUCGAACCGCGAGCGCAUCGACAAGGCCAAGAGCUGGCGUGACCGCAAUGACCGUGAACGCAACGAUCGCGAACGCAGUGACCGGCACGAACGUCGAUGGGAGAAGGACCGAGAUCAACGGGCAUCGGAGCGGGAGCCAGAGUGGCUGGAUGAGCCAGCUGAGGAGAAGAGCCAUGGCCAUACCGAAGCUGACCUGAAGAAGUUCAUGGAGACAAUGAAGGCGAGCAAAGGAGGGGGCAAGGCCGCAGAGAAAACCACAGAAGCACAGCCAUCACCCGCCCCUGCUUCAUUCUUCGCGGACCCCCCCGCCGUCAAGUCCGCUCCAGCUGUGGAGCGGGGUCCUGACAAGUUCUUCGAGGCGUUCGCUGGAUCUAAACUGACAUCGUUGCCUUCGACUGAAGGGGACAAGCUUGAGGCUAUCCAGGCAGUCAAAGCGCCCGCCGGCUUCGACGCCCCGACUGGAAAGUCCUCGAGAUUUGCAAACCUAUUCUCUGCUCAAGCAGUGCCCCAACCGAGCGAGUCGCGCGGGCGGACGGAGCCAAGUACUCCAGCUGCUGGCCCACCGCCCCCGAAUGUGGAAUCUGUGGAUGUUCAGCCUGUCCAGCACAACAACGCAGAGAAAGAGGCGUUCCAAGCUUUGCUGCAGAAACUCCAUCUACCGCGCCAAGGCGAACAACAGUCCACGCCAACACCGCCAAAUGCCGGCGCGUUCACGCAGCCGCCUCCACCACCAAUGCAGAAUAUGUCCCAGGAUCCGAUCCAGAAUCUUGCCCAAGCUCUGGCGCAGAAAGCCCAUGUCGUGUCGCCUCAGCCCUCAGAUCCAUACGGCAUGGAUCGCCGAGAGGAACCUCGUCUGCGUUCGGUCCCUCCAGGAGGACCCGAGAUUCUGGCACCGCGCCCUAUGCCUCCGCCCAGUCAACCGCCAUCUGCUCGUCCUGAUCAGAUGCUACAAGACCUCCUCAGCCACCGUCACAAUGCCCAAAGUCAAGGCAGCGGUAGAGCUGAACAUGGCUCGAAUGCCAGCAGGGACUUUCUCAUGCAGCUCAUGCAGAGCGGUCGCCACGCGCCUGAACAACCACGUAUCGAACAAAUCAUGCGCAUGCCGCAACCUCAGCGCCAAGCCUCGCUUCCUCAUUUCCCAGAUCGUGAGCCAGACUUCCUGCAACAGCGUGGCCCGGCACAGCGACAAAUGCGUCCACAGGGCCCACCUGGCUUCGCUGAUGAGCAAUUCCGACACUCUGAAGGCGAUGGCCGCCCUUUGCAUCCGACACAGAUUUUGCAGAGGCCGCCUGGCCUCGACCACGCCCUGCAGCAGCAGCAGCACCAACAACAGCAACAGUUUAUGCAGCCAGGCCAGCAGAUGCCUCCUGUCCAGCGACCCAUGAUCCCCCCUCCCGGACUCAUGGGUCAACCGCGAAACGGUCCGGUGCCCGGCAUGUUUAACCCCGCCAACAUGCCUCCGGGCGUUUUCCCACCAGACACUAUUCCCGGACCACCUCGAAACAUGCAGCCUCCACCAGGGUUUUUCGGAGGGGGCCCUCCCCCGCCUGGAGCUGGCCACAUGAUGAUGGGCGGCUUCCCUGGCCCGGAUGGUAUGGUCUUUGGGGCUCCUUUCGAUGGGCGCGGUGGAAUGCCGCCUCCCGGCGCGGCGCCAUUCCGCCGCUAG